AUGCCUCACAAGUACAUUAAUUAUGUACAACUAUUAUCUGAACAUGCAGAUAAGUGGCAAAAAUAUUGCAUAUGUACCUCUUGCAAAGAGAAGCUAGGUUAUAAUACAGCUUUAUUAAACAAGAUUCCUAAUAAGAGUGAGAGAAUUAGUGCGCAUUUAAAGAAAUGUUCAAAUUUUAAAAUUAUGCAUCCUGAAAAAUACAAUGAAUUUUUUGGAUCAGAUGAAACCAUUAAUUUAAAUAGCAGAGAUCUUGAACAAAUCUCUUCAUCAAAUUCAUCUAUUUCAACCAAAGGCUCACUUGACUCUUUUGUUGUUCAUCCUAUGUCAAAAAACAAUUAUAACGAAAAAAAAUCAAUUUGA